AUCGUUUUCACGAGUGUCAAUCAAACUAUCCCAUCCUGGCAAAAAUAUCUUAUUACCAAUCUUCUCUCCCUGCAAUUUCAAGUUAUUUUACCAUUCAAUAAAUAGUGCAGUGAUAACCAAAACUGCAGUGACACUAGAAAGGGAUUAUAGCCCUAGUCCAGAUAUUGCAAGAUCCAAUUGGCUGAUUACAAGGCUAAGCAGAGAAGGCAAUAUUUAUGAAGCACGAAAAUUGUUCGAUGAAAUGCCUGAGAAAGAUGUGGUUACCUGGACUACAGUAAUUUCCGGGUACAUAAAAUGUGGGUUGAUUGAAGAAGCAAGAAAGUUGUUUGAUAGGGUUGAUGCUCAGAAGAAUGUGGUUACGUGGACUGCGCUAAUGAGUGGGUAUGUCAGGCGGAAUCGAAUUUUUGAAGCAGAGCAGUUGUUCGAGGAAAUGCCGAUAAAGAACGUGGUUUCUUGGAAUACCAUGAUCGAAGCAUACACGAAAAAGGGGAUGAUUGACAAGGCUUUGGCGGUGUUUGAUAAAAUGUCAGAUAGAAAUACAGUUUCAUGGAAUACUAUGAUUACGGCGUUGGCAAAUUGUGGGAGGAUAGAAGAAGCGAAAGGAUUGUUUGAUGUGAUGCCUAAAAGAGAUGUGAUUUCGUGGACAACAAUGGUUGCCGGGUUGGCAAGGAAUGGGAGGAUUGAUGAAGCUAGGUUGGUAUUUGAUAGGAUGCCAGAGAGGAAUGUGGUUUCCUGGAACGCAUUGGUUACUGGUUAUGCACAGAAUAUGAGGUUAGUUGAGGCUUUUGAGCUAUUUAAGAGGAUGCCGUCUAGGGAUUUACCUUCAUGGAAUACGAUGAUCACGGGGUUUAUUCAGAAUGGGGAGUUGGGAAGGGCAAGGGAUUUGUUUGAUAGGAUGCCUCAAAAGAACGUUGUUUCUUGGACUGCAAUGAUCACAGGAUAUGUAAAAGAUGGACAAAGUGAAGAAGCAUUGAAGGUUUUGUUAAAAAUGUUGGAGGAUUAUGGGAUGAGACCCAAUGAGGGAACUUUUGUUAGUGUUUUGAGUGCGUGUAGUGACUUAGCUGGUCUUGGUGAGGGACAGCAAAUUCAUCAGAUGAUAAGUAAGACAGUUUAUCAAAGUAGCACAUUUGUUGUAUCUGCGCUCAUAAACAUGUAUUCUAAAUGUGGAGAGUUACAUACAGCAAGGAAAAUGUUUGAUGAUGGGUUGAUGAGUUGCAGGGAUUUAGUAUCUUGGAAUGGUAUGAUUGCAGCCUAUGGACACCAUGGAUGUGCUAGAGAGGCAAUCAACUUGUUUAAUCAAAUGAAAGAGCUCGGCUUUAAACCUGAUGACGUAACUUAUGUAGGGUUGCUCUCAGCAUGCAGCCAUACUGGUUUGGUGGACGAAGGCCUGAAAUACUUUGAGGAACUGACGAGGGACAAAACCAUACAAGUGCGGGAAGAACAUUAUACAUGUUUGGUUGAUCUAUGUGGCCGGGCAGGUAGAGUAAAGGAGGCUUAUGAUUUUAUCAAGCGCCUUGGAAUUAAGCCAUCAGGAUCAGUUUGGGGAGCUCUUCUUUCCGGAUGUAAUGUUCACGUGGAUUUGAAUUUAGGGAUGCAUGCUGAAAAGAAGCUUUUAGAGACGGAGCCAAAUAAUGCAGGCAGUUACUUGUUGCUGUCUAAUAUAUAUGCUUCAAGUGGGAAAUGGAGAGAUGCUGCGAGAGUGAGGCUGAAAAUGAAAGAAAUGGGAUUGAAGAAGCAGCCUGGUUGUAGCUGGAUAGAAGUUGGGAAUAGAGUUCAUGUAUUCGUUGUUGGUGAUAAAUCUCAUCGUCAAUCUAAGUUAAUUUAUUCGUUACUCACCGAUCUUCAUACUAGAAUGAAGAUCAUUGGGCAUGUAACAAGUGAUGAACUUUUGGUGGAUGAGCCGUUUUCUUGACACGUUUGCUGAAUUAGGAAAUUUUUUAUUUUUAAUUUACAAAAGUCUGGUAAAGGUAAUACAAUCACUUCUCUUUUUCAAGUCACACAUUGUUACAGCUGACUUUAUUAUGUCGCGACAAGAGAAUUUUGCUGGC